AUGGUAACGAUUACGGUGAUGAUAACGAUAAAAGUAACAGUGACGCUAACGGUGACGGUAAUGGUAACGGUAACAGUCACAGUAACUGUCACGGUCACGGUGAUGGAAACGGUGAUGGUGACGGUGGCGAUAACUAUGACGGUAAUGUCUUGUUCUAGUGACGGUAACAGUAACGGUCAUGGUCACGGUAACGAUAACGGUUACAAUAACGGUGACGAUAACAAUAAUGAAAACGAUUAUGGUAAAGAUAAUGCUAACGAUGACAGUAAUGGUAAAGGUGACGGUGACAGUAAUGGUUAUGGUAACAGUUGCGGUGACGAUGACGGUGACGAUAACAGUAUCGAAGAUAGUAACAGUAAUGGUAAUGGUAACAAUAAUGAUAACGGUGUGGGUAAUGAUAACGGUGACGGUAACGUGACAGUUAUGGUAACGGUUACGGUGAUGAUAACGAUAAAAGUAACAGUGACGCACGGUGACGGUAAUGGUAACGGUAACUGUCACGGUCACGGUGAUGGAAACGGUGAUGGUGACGGUGGCGAUAACUAUGACGAUAAUGCUAACGAUGACGGUAACGGUAAAGGUGACGGUGACAAUAAUGGUUAUGGUAACAGUUACGGUGAUGGUGACGGUAACCGUCAUUGUAACGGUGACGAUAACAGUAUCGAAGAUAGUAACAGUAAUGGUAAUGGUAACAAUAACGAUAACGGUGUGGGUAAUAAUAACGAUGACGGUAACGGUAACGGUGACAUUGAUAGUAAUGGUGAUAGUAACAGUAACGAUAACGGUAAUGGUGACUGUGAUGGUGAUGGUAACGGUGACGGUCAUGGUAAUAGUGAUGGUAAUAGUGAGGGUAACGGUUUUGGCAAUGGUAAUGGUAACAAUGACGGUGAUGGUGAUAGUUGCGGUAAUGGUCCUGGUGAUGGUUACGGUAACGGUCAUAGUCACGGUCAAGGUAACUGUAACAGUAACGGUCAUGGUAACUAUAACGGUAACGGUCACGGUAAUUGUAACGAUAACGGUCACAGUCAUGGUUACGAUAACAAUGAUGGUAGCGGUAACGAUUAUAGUGAUGGUGACCGUUACUAUAACGGUUGCAGUAACGAUUAUGGUAAGAGUUGUGGUGACAGUAAUGGUAACAAUAGCGGUGAUCGUAACGAUAACAGUAACUAUAAUGGUAACAGUAAUGGUAACGGUAACAAUAAUGGUAACAGCAACGAUGACAAUAACGGUGACGGUGAUAGAAACGGUGACGAUAACAGUGACAGAGACAAUAAUGGUAACGAUGAUGAUUACGGUAACGGUAAUGGUGAUAGUGACGGUGACGGUAACGGUUACGGUGAUGGUAAAGGUUACGAUGACAAUGACACUAAAGAUAACAUUAAUGGUGACGGUGAUGAUGACCGUAACGGUCACAGCCACGGUGACGGUAAUGGUAACAAUAGCGGCCACGAUCACGGUAACAAUGAUGGUAACAGUGAUAGUGGCGAUAAAAAUCACAAUCACGGUGAUGGUUACGGUGACUGUAACGGUGACAGUAACAGUGACAAUGACAGUAACGGUGAAGGUGACAGCUACGACAAUGGUUACGGUAACGGUAACAGUAACGGUAACAAUAAUGGUGAUGGUGACCGUAAUGGUAAAUGUAAGGAUGAUGGUGACGACGGUGACAAUAACAGUAGCAGUAAUAGUGACGGUAACGGUGACUGUUACGAUAAUGGAGAUAGUAACAACCAUGAUCACAAUAAUGGUAACAGUAACGGUGACGAUAACUAUGACUGUGAUGAUGGUAACAAUAACGGCAACGGUAACGGUAGUGAAAACGUAAAUGGAAAUAAUAACGGUAACAGUAAAGGUAACGAUAAUAGUGAUGGUAACGGUAAUGGUUAUAGUAACGAUGAUGAUAAUGGUGACGAAAACGGUUACGGUAAUGAUGAUAGUGACGGUAACGGUGAUGGCGAUGGUAACGAUGACGGUAGCGGUUAUGAUGAUGGUAAGGGUGACGGUGACGGUAAUGGUAACGAUGACGGUAGCGGUUACGAUGACGGUAAGGGUGACGGUAACGUAACGGUGAUGGUAAUGGUUACAGUGACGAUAACGCUAAUGGAUACGGUGGCGGUAAUAGUUAUGGUGGCGAUAAUGGUAAUGGUAACGGUUACGAUGACGGUAACGAUAACGAAAAGGGUUAUAGUGACAGUAACGGUAACGAUAAUGGUGACGUUACGAUGA